ACUAUUAUUGAGCCAGUACUACGUGUACGUACGUACUGUGUCUUUGUCUUGUACUUCUUCAUACACGUACACAGACUGAUCUACCUAACUAGCUCUCAUCCACGAUGUCAGGACAUAAGGUAGACAGUAGAGACAAAUACCAGUGCCCUCACUGUAAACUCCUCCUGAAGGAUGCCAUCCAAACCCUCUGUGGUCACUGGCUAUGUGAAAGCUGUGCUGACGAACUGCUUGAGUCUGUUUCACCAAAGUGUCCACGGGCAGACUGUCAGGAAGAUCUUAGAGCAGACGCAGAUGAGGGAGCAGACGCAGAUGAGGGAGCAGAGUACUUUCCGGAUCGGUUUGUUCGGCGCGAGAUCGAGGGGCUGAUAGUAAGCUGCAGCAACCGACCAGAGGGGUGCCAGUGGGAGGACAGGCUGGUGAAACUUGAUGAUCACCGAAAUAUCUGCUCAUUUGCCAUCCUUGAUUGCCUGUGUUGCGGAAAAGUCCUGCCAAUAAACCAAAUGGAAUCUCACAGACUGGCCUGUCCAAAGGCGUUAAUAAAAUGCCCACUUGCAGAGUUUGGAUGCCAACAUACUCAACAGAUAACCAGAGAGGGGCUGAGGAACCAUAUUGCUACUCAUUCGUUGGAACAUCCCGAAAUGAUGGUUGAUGCCGUACAGCUUCUUAAAAAGCAAACCAAGCAUCAUAUCAAACCGAUUAUCCCACAAGCUGACGAUGACAGCAAUGCAACUGGUAAAGAUUUCGGUCGAAUGUCUGAUGGGAUUGAGAGAGAUUGUGCGGUACGGAAAGUGAAAUCAAAGGAAUUUCGAGCUACUGAUGGGCUAAAGAGAGAUUAUGCUGGAGAGAGGGUGAAAUCAAAAGCAGAUGGCGUACAAAUAUCUCCGGAUCCACUAACACAGUCGUGGAAAUUCAAAUCACAGAGUCCUGAAAUGGGAAGUUUUUCGCUGGAGCUUCAAUCUCCCAAAGGUGCCACACCUUGUGUGCUGCCAGACACAAGAUUACAAGGUAUGCUUCAACGAGACAUUUUUGAGACACAGGCUGAGAAAGCUCGCCUAGAGUAUGAGAUAAGACAAACAAAUGAAGAUACUUGCGAUAAAAAAAAAGAUAUCGUAGCACUGGAAACGAGGGCCAUACAAUUGUCGAGUGUAGAACAAUUUACGAGCGUUCUUGAGGCAAAAUUUAAUGCUGAAUUGAAACGAAAGGACGAAGAGAUCAGUACCCUGAGGAACAACGUGACAAAGCUUGAGAAAGCAAUGCGAUCUAAACAUGCAGAGUUUGAGGAUAGAGAUUUCCGAUUGUCGCUGAUUGAAAACAGCAACCAUGAUGGCAGUAUGAUCUGGAAGAUCCCACAGUUCAAUCAGAGAAUGGCAGAUGCACAGAGUGGCAGAUACACCUCGAUCUUCAGCCUUCCAUUCUUCACAGGACGAUACGGCUACAAAAUGUGCCUGAGGCUCUACAUUCUGGGAGACGGUAUUGGAAAGAACACUCACAUGUCGCUGUUCUUCAUAAUUAUGAAGGGAGAGUUUGACAACAUUCUACAAUGGCCUUUCACAUCCAAGGUGACCUUCAAGCUGAUCAACCAGACAGGGAAUAGGGACAUCAUCGACACUUUCCAACCAGACCCCAUGAGCAGCUCUUUCCAAAAGCCAAAGUCUGAUAUGAACAUUGCAAGUGGUUGUCCAAGGUUUGUGUCUCACGCUGAACUAGAUGGUUUUAUUGCUGAUGACAUGAUGCUCUUCCAAAUCUUUGUAUAUAGCCAAUUGAGGAACAGUUGACAGUUUAUUGGAUCUAUUAUUGGAGCCUAUAUUUGUGCAUUACAUAAUUGUAUAUACGAGUAACUAUUCAGCUUGAAUUUA